GGCGAUCCAGUGUCCGUCGGCACAUUUUGAUUGCAUUUAUGAAAAACGUUUUCGCCCGCCAGCACGCGCCCGCUCCCAGUUCGCAAUUUGUGAUCCGUAAUCCAUAUCCGUGGCCGUAACCGCAGUUCGCAGUCCGGAUCUCAAAACGAGACGAGUCGCGUUAAAUCGCGCAAAUAAAAUCCGCAAUCGAUUAAACUAAAACAUUCUGUGUGUGCCUCCCAGUGUGACGAAAUAGCCACUAAAUAGCUAACAAUUAUCGAGAGUGAUUUUUACAAUUGUGCCACACACAGGUUGACAGUUCCAAGAAAGUGAAGUGAAGGGCUCCCAAAUUGGCGCCACUGGUUAGCAGCAUGUCCAGCCACGAGGAAGAUGAUCACGACCACGAGACCGAGCACGGCGACGAUGUGGAGGAGCAGGAGAUCCACGUGGACGUUGACUCCGAUUCCCGGAUGUCGUGCGGCAGCGGAUCCGAUGUGGAUAUGGACGGUGGCAGCUGCUACGAUGAGUCCGAAACGCCAUUGAGUGAAUCGCUGCAGUCGGAGCAGACGCGUUCCUCGUCCAGCGAGAAUCUCCCCUUCAGCAUAUCACGCCUGCUAUCCAAACCCUUCGAGACGAAUCACCACCACAACAACAACAAUCCGCACAGCGCCAGUCCAGGCUCCAGUAGUAACAACAACAACAAUGGGGAAAAAGGCGAGGAGAAGGAGCUGCUGCAGGCCGAGGAUCAGGACCUGGCCGCCUAUAAGCUGGCCACCAGCAUUGCCAACUCGACGUACGGAAGCGCCGCGGCCCUCUACUCCUAUCCGCAUCUGUACCCCUCGGCGGCGGCAGCGGCCGCUGGCCAUGUGCUGCGUGUGCCGCCCCAGCGAACGCCGCUCACCUGGGCGCUGCCGCCGCUGCAUCACGCGGCGCUGGCCCAUCAGGCGGUCAAGGAUCGGCUGGCAGCUGCCUUUCCCAUUGCCCGAAGGAUCGGACAUCCCUACCAGAAUCGCACGCCGCCAAAGCGAAAAAAGCCGCGCACCUCCUUCACCCGAAUCCAGGUGGCCGAGCUGGAAAAGCGAUUCCACAAGCAAAAGUAUCUAGCCUCCGCCGAGCGAGCGGCUCUGGCUCGGGGUCUCAAAAUGACCGAUGCCCAGGUGAAGACGUGGUUCCAGAAUCGACGCACCAAGUGGAGACGUCAGACAGCCGAAGAGCGAGAAGCGGAACGGCAGGCUGCCAACAGGCUGAUGCUCUCCCUUCAGGCGGAAGCUAUUAGCAAGGGCUUUGCCCCUCCGUCAGCGCCCCUCAGCACCCAGGGGGGUGUGAAUGGGGCGCCUCUGGCGGCGCUCCAUGGACUGCAGCCCUGGGCGGAAGCGUCCCAUGCAGCGGGAUGCUAAUCGCCGGACGGACCGACAUGUGGGCGGCAGCUGGUUUAUUUGUGAUACACUUCGCUUUGUACAUACAUCUGUAGUUCGAGGAGCAUAAACAGUGAACACUCGAACAGACGACUGUUCGCACUGUACAUAGGAGAAAGAGCAGAGGAAAGAAGGCUCCCGACUCCCACCUGUAAAUACGUAGCUUUACUCGGUAGAGACGCUUACUUAACCCAGAACCAGGAGUUUGAGGUCCUGGACUAGCGCUUUAAGUUUGUGUAGACUUUCGAAUUUCUGUUUUGUGUGUUUUCGUAGUGCUGCAUUUAGACUCUAAGUUAUUGUUCAAAAAGUUCAAUCGACGGCAAAACGCAUCUCAAAAGGUCGCAGUGAGCUGCGAAGCCGCGCCUAGAAUAAUAUAUUUAAUAUACAAAAUUAUGUAUCGAUUGUAAUGUAUUGUAAUUGUAAUAUUUGUCUCUAGGCUUAAGUCAACUGGCAUUACUUAGUAUUAUAAAUUAUGAACCCUAAACAUAUGUAUGAUCAUUGAAGCUUAAACAAGAAAAGCAAUGAAAAUAAACACAUUACAAAAUCAAAGAAUAUAAA